AUGUCCAGUGGCUGGUGGGCUCCGUGGAUUUUGGCUCGAAGUUCGCGCGUGGGCAGGAACAAGCAGCGCCGCCGUGUUGCAGAGUACAUCUACCUAAGGGCAGGGUUUUGCAGUCUUUGGUUCUGGCUUUUGCUUGCAAGAACUGGUAACCCCCCACGUGCCGCGUGCAUCGGCUAUUUCGCUGUUAUCUUCACCAGGACCAUGGCGAAAGGCAAGUUCCUCUUGAAGUGGCUCGUCGUCGCCGUCUUCGGAAGGAGCCUCUGGACGGCCUUCGUUGGCCCGAGCCCCCAGGUGCAGACGCCGUCCCGAGAGGUGGCACUUGCUGCGGAGGGUGAAAGUGGGGGGACCUUUGGCGGAGGAAUGAGCAAGGACGAGCGCCAGCUGCUGAUGGAUUGGAUGGCUCCACCGGACCAACUUAUGGAGGAGACAGAGGACGGGAUGAUCCUGCGGGAGAAAUACCCAGGUGGGCGGUCAGCUACCUCUGUCUUCUGGGCCAUUGUGCAGCCCGCCGUGUCCCUGGGCUUCUUGGUGGUCGGCGUUUCCUCUUUCUUCGGAGAGCCGAUCGUGGAUUGGAAUCCGAUCACAUCUGAGUACCUCGGGUUCCUUCGGCCCUCCGAAGGAAUCAAUUUCCUGCCACAGGGUGCUUUCAUGUCCUUCUACGGCAUCUUUGGCUUCUUCAUCUUCGGCCCCAUCCAGUGGUACAUCAACAUCUUUAACGUGGGCCAGGGCGUCUGCGAGUUCAACAAGAAGGAUGGGUACAUGUACAUGGUGAGAAAUGGCGACAUGAUUCGUGAGGUCCCCCUCUCCGACUUCCAGGCCGUAAAGUUCGAGUGGACCAACAUGGCCAUCACCGGAAGCCGCGACUUGUACCUGGUCACACAG